AUGCAGGAGAGUGCCUACACAAAACAUCAGGGCUCUUGCACUAAGGGCAAGAAACGAUUAUUCUCUGCUUUAUCCAAAGCAAAACAUCUUCUUGGCUCCACAAAACGGUUACGAGUUAACCACAACCUCGAUAGACAGUCUACUGGCCCUAUCAUAGUGGCGUUGAGCGAGCCAGGCCACCUUGCGAAUGGCUCUUUCCCAUCUGCUGACCUGCUGCAAUACAAGGAUGUGCUUCCGCAAGCCCCCCCAAGCCUUCCCUCCAGCUAUACUACUGUAGCACCAGAGCUUGACCAACCAGCCAGUUCAGCAGAUGCAUCUACCAGUGCUUGCUCAUCUUCGCAGGCCCCCCCUUUUUGUACUGCUAGAAGUAUAUUUGGGUUGAUAUGCCAGUUCUUCUCAUCAACCCCCCCUUCUCAUGACCCAGAGGAAGCAGUAACACUCCAAGAUAUCAGUCAUGUCCCGGCUAUAGCCCCAACUAAGCUAGAUGCCCUCACAGAGCCUGACAAUGUUUCAUUUUUCCCCUACCCCAAUCGAUCAUCCUUCGAGCUGGGUCAUUGGUACUGGCAUGGAGGCACACAGAAGUCCCAGCAGAGUUUCAAAGAACUUAUUGAUAUCGUCAGUGAUCCAGAUUUUAAUCCUGAUGAUGUCUGGAGUACACCAUGGGCCAGAAUAGACUCACAGCUAGGUGCAAGUGUGUACAAUGGCGAGGGGGAGGAAUGGGAGGAUGAGGAUGCCGGUUAG